UUUUUUUUCGUUUAUUUCAAAGGGAUAUCACCAAUCCCUGUCUCACUAGCACCUAUAGUUUGUGGGGAAGCAGCAAUGUUCGCCAACCCUAGCUUCCAUGGCCGACCUCUGCAGUUCGUACCUACAGUUCGCAAUGAACUAUGCAGGUCCUACGCUUGCCCUCUACAGCUACACAACAGAAGCUAUCAGUUUCUUGCUUCCUCAACACUGGAAAACAGGAGGAAGAGAAGCCGAUGCCGAAACGGAAGUCCAAGUUUUACUCAAUUCUCCAUAAGAGCUUCAGUUGAGCCUCCUCAGGACGUGUUUGUUUUAGCUCCGGAAGUUCCAGGUUCUCCCUCCCCAUUCUCUGUUCGAAUUCCCGUUGGCGAUAGACAUAUAACGGUUGAGACAGGUCUUAUAGGAAGACAAGCUAGUGGCGCUGUUACAAUUAGAGAUGGAGAAACUAUUGUCUAUACAACUGUUUGUUUAGCUGAUGUACCAAGUGAGCCUGCUGAUUUUUUCCCACUUUCUGUUCAUUAUCAAGAACGUUUUUCUGCAGCUGGUAGGACUAGUGGGGGAUUUUUUAAAAGGGAAGGGAGGACAAAAGAUCAUGAGGUUCUAAUUUGUAGAUUGAUAGAUAGGCCUUUACGUCCAACCAUGCCUAAGGGGUUUUACUAUGAAACUCAACUACUUUCAUGGGUAUUAAGUUAUGAUGGUUUGCAUCCACCAGAUGCAUUGUCAGUUACGGCUGCUGGUAUUGCUAUGGCUUUGUCACAAGUACCAAAUUCACAAGUUAUAGCUGGAGUUCGAAUUGGUCUUAUUGAUGACAAGUUUGUCCUGAAUCCAACCAUUAAGGAAAUGGAAAACUCCAAGUUGGAUUUGUUACUAGCAGGGACCAAAGAUGCAAUAUUGAUGAUUGAGGGGUACUGUGAUUUCCUUCCGGAGGAUAAGUUGCUUGAAGCUGUAGAAGUUGGGCAGGAUGCUGUGCGGGGUAUCUGUAAGGAGGUGGAAACUUUAGUGCAGAAAUGUGGAAAGCCUAAAAUGUUUGAUGCAAUCAGAUUACCUCCUAAAGAGCUGUAUAACCUAGUCGAAGAAAUUGCUGGCAGUGAGUUAGUGGAAGUUCUACAAAUUAAAAACAAGAUUCCAAGAAGAAAGGCGUUAUCAUCAUUGGAAGAAAAUGUAAUAAGCAUAUUGUCUGAGAAGGGUUAUAUCAGUACAAUGGAAGCUUUUGGGUCAACUGAGACGAUGCCAGAUUUGCUAGAGGAGGAAGACGAAGAUGAAGAAGUGGUGAUUGAUGGUGAAGUUGAUGAGGGUGAUAUUCACAUAAAGCCAGUUGCAAGAAAAACUGUGCCAUUACUGUUCUCUGAGGUGGACGUGAAGCUGGUAUUUAAGGAAGUUACUUCCAAAUUUUUGCGGAAACAGAUUGUGGACAGAGGUAAGAGAAGUGAUGGAAGGAGCCCUCAGGAGAUACGAUCGAUUGAUGCACGCUGUGGCCUGCUUCCUAGGGCACAUGGGAGUGCUCUCUUCACUCGAGGUGAAACACAGUCAUUGGCGGUGGUAACACUUGGAGAUAAGCAAAUGGCACAGAAGAUAGACAACCUUGUGGAUGAAGAUGAAUACAAGAGAUUUUAUCUUCAGUACUCAUUUCCACCCUCGUGCGUUGGUGAAGUUGGGAGAGUAGGGGCCCCAUCUAGAAGAGAAAUUGGUCAUGGAACGCUUGCAGAGAGAGCACUAGAACCAAUACUGCCUCCUGAAGAUGACUUCCCUUACACUGUUCGUGUUGAGAGUACCAUCACUGAAAGCAAUGGCUCAUCGAGUAUGGCAUCUGUAUGUGGUGGGUGCUUAGCUUUGCAAGAUGCCGGUGUUCCUGUUAAGUGUUCUAUUGCAGGUAUUGCGAUGGGUAUGGUUCUGGACACAAAGGAAUUUGGUGGAGAUGGAACUCCACUCAUCCUUUCAGACAUAUUGGGUUCUGAAGAUGCAUCAGGGGAUAUGGAUUUCAAGGUUGCUGGAAAUGAUGUUGGUAUUACAGCAUUUCAGAUGGACAUAAAGGUUGGAGGAAUUACACUGUCAAUCAUGAAACAAGCUCUCUUACAAGCAAAAGAUGGUCGAAAGCACAUUCUUGCUGAGAUGUCAAAAUGCUCGCCACCCCCUUCAAGAGAACUGUCAAAAUAUGCUCCACUCAUCCAUGUUAUGAAGGUUAAACCAGAAAAAAUAAACCUAAUAAUUGGCGCCGGUGGAAAGAAGGUGAAGAGCAUUAUUGAAGAAACUGGUGUUGAAGCUAUUGAAACACAAGAUGAUGGUGUGGUGAAAAUAACUGCAAAGGAUUUGUCAAGCCUGGAAAAGUCAAAAGCCAUCAUAAGUAAUCUAACAAUGGUUCCAACUGUUGGUGACAUAUAUAGGAAUUGUGAAAUUAAAUCUGUUGCGCCUUAUGGUGUUUUUGUGGAGAUCGUGCCUGGACGAGAGGGAUUAUGCCAUAUCAGUGAGCUGAGUGCAAAUUGGCUAGCCAAGGCUGAAGAUGCUUUCAAAGUUGGAGACCGCCUGGAUGUUAAGCUCAUAGAGAUCAAUGACAAGGGGCAACUUCGCUUAAGUCGACGUGCAUUACUUCCAGAUGCUGAGACCGAGAAACAAAGUACAAAGCCACGGAGUGCUAGCCUUUCAAAUGACAAUGUAGUUUCACCAAAAACGUCAGACAAAGGUAAACCUAAGAAAGCUGCAACUGUAUCAAAGGAGAGUGAGGGUCCUCUGAAGGAGAACACAGUUCCUGUCAAUGUAACAAGCCCAGCGAAAGAAGCAGCCAAGAGAUCAGUAAGUCCGUAAAAAGAUGGACCAGACAAGCCCCAACCAAAUAUAAGUGGCGGCAACAUCUCCAGCAAAAGUGGAAAUGCAGUAGUCCAUGGAGAGUCAAAAGUUGUAUAAGAAACCUAUAUUGGAGGAGUAAUUUAAUCUCAUUUUCUUGAAAAUGUAGCCGGUGACUGUCCUCUCAGUUGAAUAUAAAAGGGGAUGGAGUGUUGGGAAGAAUUGAGUAAUUGGAUUGGCUGAAAUUCAGAUAGUUCUUUUUUCUGUCAAAUUGAGAGGGGUUAUAAUUCAAGCUGACAUGAGAGUUAGCAGGUUGGUUCUGACGGGUUUAAAAGUGGAAAAAAUGUAAAUGCAGUAAUUUUAUUGGCGAUAUAUGCAUCCCGUGAUCAAGAUGCAUGGUUCUGAAAGAAAGACCAGUACGAUCAGCUUAUACAUCCAUGAAGCUUGUUUUUUCAUCUCUGCUGUAACCAUUCUGAAUAUGAUUGAAGUUAGUUAUUGCAAUAUGUUUUUCACUCUUUC